AUGGAGAAACUAUAAAGCAUACCAAAUUACGAGAUAGUAAGAAUUAUAGGUUCAGGAGCAUUUGGUAACCCUUUAAAAAUAUUUCAAAGGAUAUGUAUUUGAAGCCUUUGAUUAAUAAAGACGCUAAAAAGUAGCUUUAAAAAGAAUGCCAAAAGUAGGUAAAUUUUAGAGCAGAGAAUGUGAAAUCUUAACGUAAUUAAAAUAAUGCAGUUAUGUGGUUAAAAUGCUGGUAUAAUAAUAAUUUACUUAGGAUGUUUUCUACAGUAGAAGUGAAGAUAAUAAAAUGAUCUAAAAUAUUAUACUAGAAUUUAUGGAUCAAAAUUUAGAGGAUAUAAUUGGAGAUCAUAGAAAAUUAAAAACUUAUUUAGAUUCAAAAGUCAUGAAGGACUAUCUUUAUUAAAUGCUUAAAGGUGUUGAUUAAAUCCACAGAAAACGUAUAGCUCAUAGAGAUUUGAAACCGUAAAUUUAGAAUAUAAUUAAAAAGCGAAAAUAUUUUAGUGAAAGAUGGAAAAAUCAAACUUUGUGAUUUUGGUAGUGCCAAACAACUUUAUCCAGCCACUAUCAAUACACCUUAUAUUGUAUCUAGGUUUUAUAGAGCUCCAGAAUUACUUUUAGGAGUAACAGAAUAUGAUGUUUCAAUUGAUAUUUGGGCUAUAGGUUGCAUCAUGGCUGAAUUGGCUUUACUUGAACCUAUUUUUAUUGGAAAAUCAGAAGGGGAUCAAUUCUUUCAAAUUUUAAGAAUUUUAGGAUCAUUUUCCAAAUCGGAUAUCAAAUACUAUUAAAAAGUAGUUCCUUUUAAUGGAAAACUAUUUAAAGAAUUUCCUAAUUAUGAACCUAUCAAUUUAAAUAAAAAAUUUGAUCAUUUGGACGAUAAAGAUUUAUUUAUUGAUUUGCUUAGGUAAUUCUAUUGAUUUGAUGAAUUAUAUAGUAAAUUAUUGAAGUAUAUACCAGAGGAAAGAAUAACAGCAAGUUAAGCAUUAAGACAUUAAUAUUUUAAAGAAUUGUUAGAUUAGUGA